AUGUUCAAAAUAAUUGGGUCUUGUCUGGGCGGGGUCAAAGUUUGCCACAAGCGCCAGGCGCUUCAGGACAUGGCGAGGCCUCUUAAGCAGUGGCUGUACAAACACAAGGAAAACCCCUACCCCACCAAGACAGAAAAGGUCCUGCUCGCCCUGGGGUCCCACAUGACUUUAGUACAGGUCUCAAACUGGUUUGCCAAUGCCCGGCGGAGGUUGAAGAAUACAGUGAGUCAGCCAGACUUAAGUUGGGCUCUACGGAUCAAACUCUAUAAUAAAUACAUCCAGGGCAACGCUGAGAGAAUGAGUGUCAGCAGUGCAGACACCAACUCUGAGGAUGAUGAGUGUCACUUACAAACUCCAGCUAGCCAACCAGAGCUCUCCAGGCCCUCACUUAAGAGUGUCAUCAAACAGGAGAACGGGACUGAUCCUGCCUUCAGUGACGACUAUGUCUCUCCACCCCCCAAGUACAAGAGCAGCUUGCUGAACCGGUACAUUAACGACACCCUACGACACGUGAUCUCAACCCCUGAUGACGUCACAAAGUCCCACCUGAGGAACCACUCAGGGUCGUUCAGCUCCAACGAGUGUGAUGACAACCUCGUCUCACCUUCUUCCUCUGAGGCAGAGGCAAACUCUCUCUACCAUAUGGUCUCUCUCCAGAAUGGCUCAGGGAAGAGUGAGAGAGGCCAGAGGAGGGAGGAGGCAGAGUGGAGAGAGAUCCACGCUGCCAUGGCUCUGACUAACUUGGCCCAGGGGCAGUGCUGCGCCACAGGGACUACCACCACCAGCUGUAUCAUUCAAAAGUCCUCCCACAUCUCAGAAAUUAAGACUGUCAAAGUGUCCCUGCCAAACAAUGUCUAGACCACUCCGGGGUGAAGUUUCUCUUGAUCUAGCCUUCCCCUCCGCCAAUCAUAACCUUAACCAUUAGUGGGGAAAACUCAAAACUGACCCAAGAUCAGCAUCUAGGGACAACUUUACCCGUCUGGUCCAGGGCCACUCUGGUCCCUUGAAUUACAUAUAAUUUAUAUAAGUGUUUACACCCUUGUGUUAAAUGGUAGUAAAGAAAAAAUGAAUAAAAUACUAAGAUGGAAUCGAUUUAACACUGAACACCAAUGUAGAGUGAAGGCAAUAAUAACCAGUGUUGGCCAGAGUUACAUAAACUCUGUGAAAAUGUAAAAAAUGCACUAUGCCAUUUUCUGGUUUACUAAUACUUCACCUAAUUUCAGUUUGUGACAAAACAAGCAAUUAUAGUGGAGAUAAUCAUUGUACCAUCUAAACCGCUGUGAAAUAUAUUUUCCAUAUCCAAAAGUAUUGUAUUUUCAGAUGUUUAAAGUUUGUACAACACUGAAAGUAAAAGAUGCAAAAGCUAAACUUAACCGGAAGCAUAGAAAUAGUGCACAUACAACAGAUAUACUGCUUCUUAGACUUGCUUUCAAUGAAAUUACAGAUACAGUAACUCCCAUUUUUAUGUGAAUUCGGUUGGGUAGCCCAAAAAGUUACAUAUUGCCAUUUUUUUUAAAAGCUUACACUUUCGAAGGUAUAAACAUGUAUUUUGGGGCAAUAGACAGUGUUCAUUUUAAUAAUUUAAGAGUUGAUUUAAUACUUUCAAUAUUUUUGUGAAAGAGAACUGAAAGGACAAAUGGUUACCAUGAUGUAAAUGUAAAUAUUAGUUCAAUAGUUCUGUAGCAGUAAUGCAUAACAAUGUGCUAUUGAAAUCAUGAAAGAAUAUAGCAGCAAAUUUCAGAGUAAAAACAGAACGGAGGAUUUUAUAACACUAAAUACCCGUUUUGGAAACCUUUCCUUUGGUAGUCUCACCUCAUGGUCUGGGUAACACUGUUUUGCUUAGUUUCUCGCAGUUAACAAUGCCCAAGUAACCACAUUAGCUUUACAUUUGCUUAAAAGUGCAGUAGACACAGUGUUGAUUCUUGUUUCUUUAGAAUGCUGCUGGCUAGGGGUUUUUCAUCCAGAAACCUACAAGAAAACAUAUAUUGAACCUGCCGAAAAGAUCAUAGUUCUUUCCAUUAACCACGCUAUGCCUUACAGUAUUCUUCUUAGUCAGUAUUUCUAUCGGCUGGUAGAUGGUGACAUGUUUUGGGUCAAUGUGUGUAUUUUUCUAUUGUAACCAUGAUAUUUGUUUGAUUACAUGAGAACUAUAUUUUUCACUAUAUACUGUAUAUACUGUAUAACCAUUUUCUAUUGUUCUCAAUGACUUAAUUUAUAUUAACUUUAGGA